AAGUGAUGUCUGCGUGCGACGGAUGACCUUGUACUAUCCGCACCCAUCAACACUCUUCCGCCUUACUCACUAAUCUUUACUCCUACCUGCUGGCCAGACACCUUACACUAAUAAUUUCUUCGACCCUCUUUAAUCCACAUCCGCGCUCGUACCAAAACUCCAACUCUCAGCUACCGAACAUGAAGACCACAAUCUACACCAUCCUCCCACUUGCCGCCUUCGCCACCGCUUUUCCCAGUGCGCAGAACGCCGGUCGUCCUGUCGCGACGGGAUCUUGCUGCGUCGCAAACACGAGCUUGAAGCAGGACGUAUGCAACAUCAACGGUCAGAGUGGGCGCUGCGUGCCGUCUGCAGCCAACAACUGCGGUGGUCAGUUGACUUGUAUUGAGGACAAUCGAUUGCAGUGCGAUGCGAACACUCUGGAGCGAGGUAGACCACUGUGCAGGUUGGCGAGCGAGUUUGGGGUGAUUAACUAG